AUGACGAGAGUUAUUGUCUUUGGAGCUUCUGGCGUGCAAGGAGCUGCUCAAGUAGCCGCCUUGGCUCGCGCAGGACAUCAUCCUGUGGCGGUGAGCAGGAACCCGAAGCCGCUCAAUAUAGAUGGCAUUCCAAUUGAGACAUUUGCCGCCGACUUUUCCGACAAAGAAGCCAUAUCCGACGCCCUCAAGAAUGCUGAAGUUGUCUUCCUCAACCUCCCGUCAACCUCUUUCCAGGAGACCGGACCCCUCAUUGCGGGAGUCAAGACGAUCGGCCAUGCUGCAUCCCAGGUAUCUUCACUUCGGCUUGUUGUAUUUAACACCAGUAUGCCGGUUCCUGGACAAAAAUGCGGUAUCAAGUCACAGGAUGACCGAGUGGAUAUCAGGUCCAUGCUGAGGGAGAUGGGACUCCCCGUUGUAUCCAUUCAACCCGUCGUCUUUCUUGAGAAUCUCUUUGAAGGUUGGGCCUAUCCCUCAAUUGCAGAACGGCAAACCAUUGUGUACUGCCAUAUGCCGGACCUCGAGGUUUCAUGGAUCUGCCACCACGAUAUUGCCCAGCUCAUGAUUGCUGCCAUGGAUAAACCCCACUUGGCAGGCCGCAACUUUGCCGUUGGCGGACCUGAGACGGUACGGUUGGGGGAGUUGGCGCAAAAGUUAUCGAGGGCAUGGGAGCGAGAAAUUUCAUACGAAAACCAGACAGUUGAUGACUUUUGCGACAAGAUCAACACGGCCAUGAGGGCAAGAUCUGGCUUACAUGCAGAUACAGUCAUCAAACAGAUGCACAAGGCAUAUACAUAUUACAACGAAGCGCCGGAGAAGCCGUUCAAGAUAGAUAUGGGUCCAGUUUUGGAAGAGUUGCCGGUGACCUUGACGACGAUUGAGGAAUGGGGCCGGCAGACAAAAGAUAGACUACCUCCUGCAAUUGUUUGA